AUGGCCGAGCCCCCCGGCGCGGCGGGUCGGGACGGGGCGGGUCGGGGGGCGCGGCCGGGCGGGUCGGGGGCCGGGGCGGCGGGGGGGCGCGGUGUCCCGCUGGGGCAGGGGCAGCGGCAGCCCGGGCGCUCGGAUGCGCGCAGGGCUCUACAUUUCCCCCGUUUGUUUUUUUUCCUUUCUCGGCAGCCCGCCCUGCCGCCGCGCCCGGGAGAGCAGCCGCCCCGAUGGCCGAAGGUGCCGGGUGCCGCCGGGCGCUCGCCGGGGGGGACAGCGGCGCGCCCCGCUGUCCCCGCACACACCGGUGUGAGCUUCUUCCUCAAAGGGAAGCAGCCCCCAGCCCCUGGACAGGCCUGUCUGCGGCUCCGCGGCCACAAGGUUAUAAACGUUGGCGAAAUUUCAGCUUGUUCAAAAUCAGCAGCAAAGCUCUGUCUUCAGUGGGACAAGGGGCUGACUGACAAAUCAGAAUUGCAAAAGAAUGUGAUUGGAAAGCUGGGAAGGCAGAAGCAGGUUGUACUUCCUACAUUGAGAAACAUGGAUAGACUCAUCCUAUACACAACUGACAGAGGAUAGAGGCUGGGGAAACAGCUGCUUGUGAGUUUAUCUGGAAUUAACAGAACUGUCUUUAGAGGCAGAGGGUCCAGAAUGUGUUCUGGCAAAGGAAAAGGGAGAGAAAAAGACUUAAAUUCUUAGAGUGUGUAGAUACAUUUGGUUAGAAGAUGAACAUGAGAAGUCUGAGAAACAGACAUGGCACUACUUCAUGGAAAAA